AGUCAUUUGUCAGCGUUCGUGUUUUUCACACCUCAUGAUUAUUUAUUUAUAAUAUUAUCUAUUAUCUAUUAAAAUUUAUAGCCAUUUUAUGGUUAAGAUUUAUUUGUAAAUAUCAAUUAUUUUUAUAAUAUCGUUAAUAUUAAGUUGGUGAGUUUAACUGACAAAAAAAAAAAACAAAACGAUUUAUUUUGAUUUUUCAUUGUCACACGUUUUUUCUCAUAAAGUGAAUAAAUUAUAUUAUUUUAUUUUUUCAACAAAGUGAUUGACAGACAUUUUGCAAAUAAUUUCAUACGGAAAAAAUGGUUGUCAAUAUAUUUGUCGACUGAAAUAAAUACACUUGAGGAAGAAAAUAAAAAACAAACAUCAAUGAGACAUUUAUUUUUUUAAAGAAUGAUGAUCUGGGUUCAAUGAAAUAUUAAAACAUGGAUAAAUAUCGUCGAAGAGCUAAAAGAUUUGAGGAUUUACCUCCAGCUAAUAAUGGUAAAGAAUCAUCACCAAAACCAACGCCAAAAAUAUACAUUGAUUCUUUUGGAAAAACAUCAGCAUUUAAGGAUAUUACACAUUCACCAUCAACACAAUAUAUGUCAAUAAAAAUUCCAUCAUCACCAUACGUUAGACGUGAUAUUCACAGCAGUGUUGAACGUCGUAAAUUUUUAAAAUCAUUAUCUAAUAAUAGUGGAACAAAUGAUUCAUCAGAAAAAUUAACAUUAUUAAGUGAACAAAAAAUUCAUAUGAAUGGCUGUAGUUAUAAUUUGACAAAUAUGUGUUUGUGUAAAGAUGUAAUGGUACUUGAAAAACGUCAACGUGAAAGAUCAAUUAAAAUUAUAAAUCAAGAUAGUAAUCAAGAAUUGCCAAAUACAACAAUUGAAGGUUCAAUUUUAGCUGGUGAUUUAGUUGGUUUACAUUAUCGUAAUGAAAUUGAAAAUAGUCCAUGUAAUAGUACAGAAUUAUAUGGUGAUUCAUCAUAUUAUUCAGAUAUAAGUUCAAAAGAAUCAGUAACAAAUACAGCUAGUGGACAAUAUUUAAAACCACUAGAAAGAAAUUAUAAUAAUAAAUAUGAUACAUCAAGUUCAUGCUCAAGUCAAUCAACAUCAGCAGCUUAUUUAGCUGAUGUAUCAAAUAGUGAUGAUUUAAGUUCAUUUGAAUCACAAGCCUAUCAGACUCUUGUUACUCAAUAUAGUGAUGAAAAAUCACAACCAAUUAAUCCAUUUUUAAGAAGAUUAGUUAAACAAAUUGAUAGUAAUAAUAAUAAUGAAGAAUCUGAUGAUGAUGAUAAUGAUGAUAAACCUGAUGAAUUAUUUACAAAAUUAUCACAAAGUUAUAUUAAAAAUCCAAAUGAAUUUACUGGUAAAUUAUUAUCAAUUUUAGAAACAAGUUGUAUUGAUGAUGAAGAGAAAUGUGACUUGUCUAAAAAAUAUGCAAAUAUUUGUGAUAAUAUACAAGAAGAAAUAUUGGCAAAUGAGCAUGAUAAAUUACCAGUUGAAAUAACAGAAGAUUAUACUGAUUUAGGUGUAUCAAUAACUUUAGAUCAUAGCUCAAUUUCUGAUGAUAAAAAUAUAUUAAAUAAUUCAUUUUUAAUUGAAGAAGAUGAAGUUAAUCGUUCAAUUAUGAUUGAAGCUGUUAAAAAACGUAAUACUUGUUAUGAAAUUAAAAAAGAAUUUCCAGAUGAUAAUAAUAAUGAUGAUGUUAAUAAUAAAAAUAAAAGAAAUUCAAUAAAUGAAAUUAAAACAAGUUAUAAUUUUAAUAAAAUAAAAAAUAUGUUUGAGAUGAUAUCAAAAACAAAUGACUAUUGUAGUUAUCUUAAUGAACAUAAAAAAAAUAUACGUGAUGUAACAACAAGAAUAAUAAAUGAUAAAAAAAUUGAUGUAGAUCAUCAAAAAUCAAAAAAUAUAUUAUCACCAUCAGUUGGAUAUUUAGAUGUUGGUAUUACAAAAGAAACACCAGCUGCUAAAUUGGCUCUACGUAAUGCUCAAGGUUUAAAAAAUAAUUGGAUAUCACCGACAUAUUUAAAAAAAAAUUCAGCAACAUCAAAUGAUAAGCAAGUGGAAUUUAAAAAAUCAUAUUCAAUUGAUUCUGGUAAAAAUACAUUAACACCAAGUUUUUCUGAUGAUAGUGAUAAAAGUUUAGAUGGAUGGAAAGUAUUUGGGGGUCGUAAAAAAACAACACCAUCACCAACAGAAGAUUAUCAUCCAAAAAGACCAAAUGAUUUACCUUUAACAAAAUUUGUAAAUAAUGAUAAUAAAGCACCAAGUGGAUGGCAAGUAUUUGGUGAACGUAAAAAAAUACAAUCAACAUCAAUUCGUUGUUUAAAUAAUGAAAAAAAUACACCGGGUACUUGGCAAUCAACAAAAAAAAAUGAAAGUACUGUAUGGCAAGUUGUUUGUGGUGGUGGUAAACCAAUUGAAUCACCAGUUGGACAAUACAUAAGAGGUGAUGAUUCAAAAUUAAUUCCAAAUAAAAAUGUUAAUAAAAUAGGUAAAUCAACUGAGGUUUAAAUAAAAAUAUUAUUAAAAACAACACUGAAGAAUUUAUAAAAUAUAUUAUUAAAAUCAUUUAUUAUAUAAUUAGUAUUUUUUUGUAAUUUAAAAAUUAAUAGUCGUCCAAAGAUUUAUAUAUAAUUUAAAGUAAAAAAUAUAAAUUUUCAAAUUGAAUAUAUAUAUACAGAGUCGGAAAUAUAAAAGAGAGUUAUCUUCAAUGCUUUAUGUACUCCUGUUACAAAGAGAGAUUUUCUGGACCGCAAUAUGGCCGCCUGUUGUGCUUUGUUUGUCUCAAUUAAUAUUAUUAACAAGUGUUAAAAAGCCAACAAGCUAAAUUCUUAACAUAAAUAAUUAUUAAAAUAUAAUGAUAAAUUUUUAAAAUUUAAUUUUUAAAUUAUUUAAAAUUUAUAUAUAAUAAUUU